AUGCCGCAACCAAGGAGUCGGUGGGGCUGGUCGGUGGCUCUCCUCCUUCUGGUGGACGGGGGAGGCGUAGGCAGAGGUAGUGCUGACGACGCCGGAGGCGCGGAAGUUGGGACAACGCGAGGCACCAAGGAAGCUAGUGGCAAGGCGGGCGGUCAAGCAUUGCGCCAGAAGGGCCGACCCGCAGCAAGAAAAACAUCCGGCGGAAGGAGAGGCAAGAAAGCAACGACGGGGACGAGGCCGAAACGGGGCGAUGAACACCCUGGUGAUGCGGAGGAGGAGGAGGAGGAUGAGGAGGAUGAGGAGAAGGAUGCGGAGGAAGAGGAGGAUGAAGAGGAUGCAGAGGAGGAUGACGCGGAUGUUGGGGAGGAUGAAAAAUAUGAGAAUGAUGGCGGGGAGGACGAAGAGGAGGAGGAGGAGGAGGACGAGGAGGAUGAGGAGGAGGAGGAGGAGGAGGAUGAGGAGGAGGAGGAGGAGGAGGAGGUGGAGGAGGAGGAGGAGGACGAGGAGGAGGAAGAGGAGGAGGAGGAGGACGAGGAGGACGAGGAGGAGGAGGAGGAGGAGGAGGAGGAGGAGGAGGAGGAGGAGGAGGAGGAGGAGGAGGAGGAGGACGAGGACGAGGAGGAGGAGGAGGAGCAGGAGGAGGAGCAGGGUGACUACGAGGAGGAGGAUGAGGAGGAGGAGGAGGAGGAGGAGGAGGAGGCAGCAAAGGAGGAGGAGGAGGAGGAGGAGGAGGAGGAGGAGGAGGAGGAGGAGGAGGAGGAGGAGGAGGAGGAUGUGGCACCAGUGAAGGGACGGGGCGCGCGUGGCAGACGGUUUGGCAACUCCACGCUUCUCCUAUCCGGGGCAGGGCGGUCUCCCCUCUCGCCGGUCCUUCGCGCGGGCAUCAGACAGGCACUUAUGCCAAUCCCUUCCCUGAGCUCCCCUUUUCCCGCCAGCGUGAUAGUUGCGGAGCACGUGCAGUUUGUUACACGGGAGGAGAUCCAGGCGCUGCGGUCUGAGAUGUACGCCAUGUUUGCACAACUCGGCCUGCGUCGUGGAGUACCUGCCAGCUAUGCCGGCGGGUCGGCAGCCCUGCCUAUGGCUGGUACCCCGCCGCCGAUGAGCGCCGUGGACAAGGCACGAGUGCUAGUGUUGCAGGAGACAAACCCAUUCCCGGGGAGGCCGUACGCCGUGGAUGCUGGCGGGGAGAGCGGGUCUGGAGGCCACGGCUCGAUCGGCGCCGAUGGCGGGCCGGGGUCUGCGCGGUAUGGGCCGCGGAAGGCAAGGGGGAGGACGCAGGGGUGCCGCUCGUCUGGGGGGAGCUGA